UUCACCCUGUCCGUGUAUAUUUCUUUUUUUCACUCCAUUUUAAUACAUAUUACAUUUUACUAUACUAUUAUAUAUUUGGUCUCGACAUGUAUGGCGUCCGGCCGCAAUUUUUCGUUGUUAUGUUUAGUCUAGCUUAAGUCCACCGACUCGCCCGCCUACGCCUUAAUUACACAAUUACAUUGCCGGACGGUAGAUUUCCAUAGAUAAUCGGCAUUGAUGGUAAUGCAUGCGAGGAAACUCCAAAGGAUUAGCGAUGGGUAUUACGACAAGAACCCGUCCCAUCAAUAUCAGAAUUCCAAAUAUUUAGUAUCAAAAAAUUCUAGUAGUGAUCAAAAAUAUGGCAGUGUUAGAGGUAAUGGUACAUCGUACCCAAGUCCAGGUAGAGGGAGCCCGUCACGAGAUCGAUCGUAUUCCAGUAAAAGUUCUUAUCACUCUCAAAAAAGUCAUAGAGACAAGGAGAGAGAUUCUAGAGACUAUAAAUCUAGGAAUAGUGAUAAAUAUUCUGAUUAUAGUAGGUCUCCUAAAGAUAGUAGGAGGAGUAGAGAUGAAUAUAGGACCAAUCAUGAUCGGAUCAGUCCGGAAAAAAUGGUUCAUUCAGUAAAAUGGUCGAAUUCAUCAAGAGAUUCCCGAGAUACUAGAGAAUCGGGUCAACGUAAAGUUGUCAACAGCUCUUGUCAGAGCAGUAGCAGUAGUAAUAACCGUAACUCCCGGUCUGGAGAAAGUUCUGUUGCGAAAGUUGGCGAUUGGUCAGAGCACACAAGUUCUUCGGGCAAAAAAUAUUAUUACAAUUGUAAAACUGAAAUAUCACAAUGGGAUCAGCCAAGAGAAUGGGUGGAAGCUUAUCCUGUAUCUCAGCCUUCUCGGACACAAUACCACCAUGACAAACAUUCCAAUAGCUCGUUAAUGCGAUCGUCAUCGAUGAGUAAUCAUGUGAACAAAGUUCCGCAACAGUCCUCCCAACAAGGUAAUUGUACAAGUAGACAAACCCACCACCAAAAAGAUACAUAUUGGAAUCAAAUGCGAAGUAGUAAUCAUACAGUGAAUGUUUCUCAAUCUCACCAUGUGCCUGAAAGUAAUUUGGAUAGGCUUGAUCAGGAGGGGCCAACCGUAAUAAAUUCCUGUGAUUCUUCUCAAACACAAGACAUGGAAUUAUGUAGUGGCGACAGCACACCUACGUCGGAAAAAUCAUUUCAACUAUCAACAAUGACCGCACAACAAAGGCAUAAUUCUACUAAUCCUCAAUCUCAGGUGAAAAUUGGAGCAGAAACAACUAUUCCAUCUAAUAACGAUUCGUGUGAAAGAACAAAUGUUGAUACCAGAACGGCAACACCACCUCCAAUAGCUAAUGUAUCCCAAAAUUUAGUUGAUUCAAUAUCAUCGACAAAUAAUAAUACUACAGAGCGGGGUCCUCCGACGCCAACAAAUUCAGAAUCUGUUAAUACCCAAGAAAAUAAUAAAGGAAGCCCCAUAAUAAGCCAUGCAGAACAAGCCCAAGCAAAUGCUGUGACACCUUACCGUGUUGGUGGCACAGCCACGUCUUCAAUUGUAUCAAAUUCAGUUCGUGAUGAUUUCACAUCUCAUGUAAAAAAUUGGCCAGCUGAUAUUUUAGCAAAACAAGCACAAAAAUUGAGUGAAGAAGCUCACAUAUUAGGAAGCAUACAUUGUUCGCGAGUGUCUGCAGAAUUAAAAUAUGCGCGAUCCGUCGUGCGUAUAACCGAAGUACAAGCAUCCUUAUUAGAACAUAAGGUUUUAUUUUUAGAACGACAAAUUAAAACGUUAGAAAAAUUAAAAUCGGAAAAUUCGUUCAUGGGUGAAGGCGAUGAGGGAGGGACAACGUAAAUAUUCAAUGAUUCUAGGUCCCAACUCCUAAUGCAGUUUUCUAUCAGAUCUCAGCGAUAUGAUUAACUUUAAUACAAUGUAAAAAAAAAAAAAGUUAUAAUAGACCGUGUAAAUAUAUGUAUACAUUUAUUAUAUACAUAUAUUUUACAAUAUUGAGCAAUUUGUAAUAAAUCUAGAACUUAAGACUGAUUGUUGCAUAUUUAUGUGGUGAAACAAACUUAAGUUUGUAAUUGUAGUUUGUUACAAACAAAUUGAAUUCAAUUAGCGAAAUUAUGUAUGUAAACUUAUUUAUUUCAACGACAAAUACUAUUCGAAAAAUGAUAAAUCAUAUUUUGAUCUGUAUUCCAGUGCAAAAAAAAAAAUAUAUAUAAUUUAUAAGUA